CACCAGAUGUCGUGUCGUCACUACAUUAAGGGUUGUCUCCUCCUCCCUCCUUCCUCACUUCGGUCACGCUGUCAUCAGUCGCCGGCUCCCGAGCCCUGACAGAAAAGCCUAAUAAAAUGAAGAUCUGGGCGUCAGAGCACAUUUUCAACCAUCCAUGGGAGACGGUGACCAAGGCAGCAAUGCAGAAGUACCCAAACCCCAUGAACCCCAGUGUGUUCGGUGUGGAUGUUUUGAACAGAAGCAUUGACACGCAGGGGCGGCUACACAGCACCAGGCUGCUCAGCACAGAGUGGGGGCUGCCUGCCAUGGCCAAGUCUAUGAUUGGGGUAACAAGAACAUGCACUUAUGUCCAAGAACAUUCAGUAGUGGAUCCUAAGGAGAAGACCUUUGAACUGAAAUCUACAAACAUCUCUUUCACUAACCUGGUAUCUGUAGACGAGAAGCUGACAUACAAGCCACAUCCGCAAGAUCCUGAAAAGACAGUGUUGACACAGGAGGCUCUGAUCAGUGUCAAAGGUAUCAGUCUCAGCAGCUACCUCGAGGGUCUCAUGGCAAAGACCAUCUCUGUCAACGCCAACAAGGGUCGGGAGGCGAUGGAGUGGGUCAUCAGACGACUAAACACAGAAAUCGAGGAGUUGGCAGCGACCGCUCGUGGAACUAUGCGCGUUCCCAUGGCAGCAGCUGCUGCAGACAAAUGAUCCAGGCCUUCCCCAGCUGCUUUGUCCACUAUCAUGAACCCAUGGACCUCUCAGACAUUUCCUCUCACCUCAUCUGCCAGCACAGCCUAAAUAACCACAGCCCCAUCCUUUGGCCCUACAUACGUUUGUUUGUGUGUGUGUGUCACAAGAACUCGCUGUUCGUCCCUCCUCAGCAGUCUGCGCCGACGAGUUUUGAUACUCGCCGCUGUGCGGGCAGUGACGGGGAGUUGAGCUGAUGACAGUUUAAAAAAAACAAAAACAAACAGGGUUGAAUUGGACAGCACUUGAAGCUCAUAGGAUUUAGUCUUGUGAUGUAAAAGCUCUUUUUAAGAAAAUUCACACUGUGCCUCCGCAUCAUCUCCUCAGUUUCCCCCUUUUCCAUCUCUCUCUGAUCUUCUUUUUAUUGUUUCCAAAUCCUCGUUAACAAGUUGAGAACUGGUGACGUUUCACUAAAUCUUUCUGUAUUGGCUGACCUUGUUUUGCACUUAAAACAAAGAGGCUGCAACAACUUAUAAAAGUAGCUGAAAUUUUGAGGUCAGACACUGAUACUAAAAGUCUCGUGCCAUCAGGUGGAAGUCGACCAGUUUUCUUUGUCAGUGUGUAUCUAGAAUACUUGUAGGCGUGGGGUGAAGUCCAGCUAAGGCUGUCCUAAACAAAGGGGAACAGGGCAUUUUUAUUUGCCAAUAUAGGUUGAUCUGCUAAAGAUAUCCGCACUGAUUGUCCUGGUCUUGUUCUAGGUACAGCUUGAUUGACUUGAUUUCUUAGUCUCUCUUGUCUUUGUUAAGUACGUUUCUCUCACACCGAUGAUGUGCUAUAUAGUUAAGUGUUAUAGUAUGAGAAUGUGAAUACUUGAAUGUUUAACUUAUUUUCAGCAUGUGUACUUUAAUACACGACUUGUAGUGGGCGGGAAAUCCUUCCAAACGAGCGUAACCCUAACCCUAACCCUAACCCACCAAGCGACAUGUUAUUUAAUGUGUCGUGAACGCUCACCAGUGUUGUAGGAGGAGCUCUGCAGGGUUGCGUUCAAGAUCACUGAGUGUGCCAACAUUAAAUGUGAAGAAUAACUACCGGUUUAAUAUCCCCAAACACUUUCACACUUAAUUUAUGAUUAUGAACGAACCCACUCUGUACUUCAUACUGUCGUUCGAUGGUGUUAUUUAAGGUAUAUUUGUAUUGAUGAAUAUUGACAAAGGCUGUUUAAUUGAAUGGUUUUAAAAGUUGUUAGCUUGUGGUGUUUUUAUACUACAUUUCCCUUUCUUAACUCAUAGCAGACUCAGGUGCUACAUAGUUGACUGUUUUUCAGUUUCUCUGUUUGCUUCUUUCAUAAAGAACACAUCGAUAUGAAGGCGACAUAAAUCUCAUUUGUUAUUCCCUUUUCUUCUCUUCUCUCUAGAAAUUUUAACAAGGACAGUUCUAAGUAAAGUUUACAUUAAAACUGUUUGUGGUACAGUUAAUAGAGCUGUUUUAGUGUUACAGUAUCCAUUAAUGGAGCGCAGCUUCCAAGUUGCUCUACAGUCAGUAUCUUGCUCAGCUGUCAUGGUCUCAGUUAGUUCGGUGGAUCUCGAUGUAUCUGCUGUAUUUUGCUCUUAUUCACACCUGCAUCCAGUUCAGCUCAGCUUUAAAAAUGAACCAACCAGCUCAUCAUGUGUUGUCCUGUCCGGCUCAGGAUCGUUCUGUUUGAAGUCCAGUCUGCUGCCUGUCUGACCCUUCAGCCAGUCAGCCAGCCAGUCAGUGAAGUGAUUUAUUUCUGUUUUUCUAUGGGGAACAUUUUAGGAACAGUGGCUGUAAAUAGGCAUAUAUUUAUAUUUUGUUGGUGUUACAUUCCAAGAAUGUGAACAUGUAACGGAGUCUAAAGAGUGCACACUGAAAUGUUUCAAAAUAAAAGAGAUGUCAUUGUUUCAUGAA